CUCUCUCACACACACACACCACACAAAUUCAAAUGCGUCUUUUUUUUCCAUUUGCUUUUCCUAUCAUCACUGUUGCUUUUUGCUAGUACGAGUAAUUAAUUCAAACUCAACAAUCCCAAAUUAUUACUCAUUCUCUGUCUUUCACUAACCCAACAUGAAGUUCUUGUCUUCCUCUUCAUCCUCAGCUUCUUCCACCAUCACCACUACCACCACCACUACCGGCAGCAACAUUUGCAAUUCCAAGGGUGCCAACACCACCAGCUGUCUCUCCGGUGUGUUGCGUAGACUUCUCUGCUUCAAUUCUCUCCCCACAUACCCUUCUGAUCAGAUCAAAGACCCGGAAGUGACAUCUGUUGAAUUAUCUGAAUAUGAUCACAAGCUUCAAUUCUCGGAAACAGAGGAAAAGGUUGGGGACACAGCAACUCCUGGGGUAGUGGCAAGGCUAAUGGGUUUGGAAUCGAUGCCGCGGAUCGAUUUGGCUAAUACCCAAUCCACUCCCAGUUCAAUUUCGCGAUGCAGAUCAAUGAAUUCUGUGGAUUCCUCCAAGGAAUUCGAGUCAAGACUCGUCAAGACUUCAUUGUCGUUCCGCGAAACGCCAACCUUUUUAGAGCUAGAUGAAUUCUUUGUUCUUAGCUUUGAGAAUGGAGGAGAAAGUAAAAAAUUGGGGUUGAAAUCGAAGAAAUCUGAUAUGGGUUUUAGAGAAAUGAAGUCUAGAAAAACAGAGAGCAAUAGGAGACAGAGUGUGUAUGAAAAGAAUGACACAGAAAAUAAAGAGACUAAUAAGGUGGUCUCAGAUGAGAAGCUGAGUAGGAGAAUCAACCACAAGCCUUCUAAGAAGGUUGGGAAUAAUGGGAAAGUGAUAGAUUCGAGUAAUGUUCUUCGUCCUAGGAAGAAUUCUAAUGGGAAUUCACAUGUGGCUAUGGAGGUAGCAAAUCAGUCAAAACCCAUGAACCACCAUGGAAACUCUGAUGGAGUGAAAUCAAUGAAGAAGAAGAAGAAGAAAAAGCAGAAAGAGAACGUCUCUGUAGCUAAGAAGGCUCAAACAGAGUGUGACUCAGAAAAUUCAAGCCCUGUUUCUGUUCUUGAUUUUGUUGAAUUCAUUGCUGAUCCUAAAGUUCCAAUCUCAGCAGCUGAAGAUUCAAGGUUGACAGAUUCAAAUUCAAGAAGGAAAUUAUCAGAACUUGAAAAUUCCGAGCACUCACCUCCUUGUAGCACCAAUAGUUCGGUGAGCAAUGAUGAAGAAGCAAAAAAAUUUGGAGGGAAAGUUCAUGGAUCAAUGAAGAAAGAUCAGCAGAGUGAAAAUUAUGCAGAGCUGUGGUGUGAAAUCUGCAAAAUGGCUGAACAAGAAUUGAAGGAAACCAAAUGGGAGUACAGAGAAAUGUGGAAAUUACAAGAUUUUGAAGAAGAUAAAGUUGCAGAUUUUGGGUUUCAAAUCUUUGAAGAAUUGUUAAAUGAGCUGGUAGAUCAACUUGCUGCAACUUCCAAUGAGAAAAUUUUGGGCUUGUAAUACUUUCGUAUUUUUUUUUCUGACUUAAUUGAAGACUUUGUUACUUGUA